CUUUUAGUUUUCUUAAACUUGUCAAAUUACUCUUGGCAAUGGGCAAAUUUCAACCAAACGGCUUAAAAACGCACCGUGAACGUGGAAAGAUGAGAAUCAAGUGGGAUGAAAAUGAGUCAAAUUUCCCCAAUUUAUGGGUGAAAAAGUAAAACGAACGGAGUCAGUUUGUUCAACUUUUUCCAACUUCCAGUCCCGUCGCUGGCUCUCUUUUCCUCACUCGUUGGCGAAACCUCUGGAAGCAAGUCGCAAAAUUUCAACUGAGGAAAGUAUUAAAGUGGAAAAAGGUCGAAAUGGGCAACAUCAAGUCUCGUUUUUCCAAACGGCCCAACGUGGACGCACCGCGGCGCAAUGUAAACGCAGGUUCGCCCCGUGUGGAGACAAAUGUGGAGGCCGCUCCGUCCAGUGCGAAGGCGCCGUCGCCAAGUGUGAAAGGACCGUCGACAAGUGUUGAGGCGCCGUCGACAAGUGUGGAAGGACCUUCGCUCCGUGCGAAGGCACCAUUGCCAGUGCCUCGUAUUGGGGACUGGCCAUUAUCGCCAGAGGAUCAGAAGCUGCUUCGUGAUUACUUGGAUUCUCUUCCUACUACGUACCACUUUGUUGAUUCAAGACCAUCAACUUCAUAUGAGCGAUACUGUAAGGAGCAAGGUACGGGAGACAAUUCAGUGGACCCACGAUCUCCCACAUCCGAGUACAACAGGACCCCGGUUCCAUCGGGGGAAGGGGAUGCCAGCACCGGCGAUGAGGAAGAGCCAUCGGAAUGCGCGGAUCAAUUGCGGCAAACUAUGUGGAUAUCCUGCUUCGUGAUCCUAGUGUACGAAGAACACUGACAUGGGAUGAGGAUGAUGAUAGUUGGUCAGACGUGGAGGGAGACAAGGAUAACUAAAAUGUAUUAAAUUUAUAAGAGCAAUCCAAACUAAAACUUGUUAUUCUAAUCAAUCAUAGUCUUGUUAUGUGCAAUUAUUGCAUGUAAUGUGCACAAAUAUCUUAAAAUUUUUCAAAAUUGAAAUUUUAUAAUAUGCAUUCAUAAUGUAUAAUAUCUCUCUAUGUGUACAUAUGAUGUAUUAAUAAAGGCCUGAUCGUAAGGGUAUAGUUUUUAUUAAA